AUGAGUGCCAACCUUCGAGAUGCGGAGGGCACGGAAGAACAGCGAGGAGGCAACACCUCUCUUUACAUAGAGAGGAUGGACUUCAAGGAGUACCACCACAGCAAGUUCUACGACGACAGCGACAAGAAGAAGUACCACAGCAAAUACGACGACUUCGACGCCUACUUCAAGGGCCACAAGGGCAAGGACUACAAGGGGUCGUAUGGCCAUGACGACCACAAGGGAUAUGACCAUGAUGAUCACGCUCAUCGUCAUUAUGGCCACGACGACCACGGCCAUGGCGGCGGAUAUGGCCACGACGACCACGGCCAUGGCGGCGGAUAUGGCCACGACGAUCACGAUCAUGGCGGCGGAUAUGGCGGCGGAUAUGGCCACGACGACCACGGCCAUGGCGGCGGAUAUGGCCACGACGAACACGGCCAUGGCGGCGGAUAUGGCCACGACGAACACGGCCAUGGCGGCGGAUAUGGCCACGACGACCACGGUCAUGGCGGCGGAUAUGGCCACGACGACCACGGCCAUGGCGGCGGAUAUGGCCACGACGACCACGGCCAUGGCGGCGGAUAUGGCCACGACGACCACAGUGGUUACGGUUUUCACUCGAAAGUCAAGCCAGUCAUUGCCUCGCCCGCCAGAGCUAGUUUCUAG